UGGACUCCUCUGCUCGUAGCAGUGCUGAGAGAUAAUGUAGAUAUGGUGAAACUACUCCUGGACAGCGGGGCUGAAGUUAAUGCUGGGAACAGGUAUGGCAGAACUCCUUUACAUGAGGCAGCACAGGCAGGCCAUAAAGACAUGGUAGAGCUUCUCCUGGAGCGUGGAGCUGAUCCUAAUAUCACCAAUGAGGAUGGCAGUACUCCUUUACAUUUGGCAGCAUGUAAAGGCCAUGAAGACAACGUGAAGCUUCUCCUGGACCAUGGAGCUGAUCCUAAUAUCACGGAUAAGUAUGGCUGGGCUCCUUUACAUUGGGCAGCAGAGAAAGGCCAUGAAGACAUCACUAAGCUUUUCCUGGAGCGUGGAGCUGAUUCUAAUAUCACCAGCGAGGAUGACAGAAUUCCUUUACAAGAGGCAGCGGGAAAAGGUUUUGGAGACAUCGCGAAACUUCUCCUGGAGCGUGGAGCUGAUCCUAAUAUCAGGGAAAAGGAUAAACUUACACCAUAUGCCUCGGUUGUAAAAAGGAACCAGAGAUUUUCUUCGCCAUCGAUUCAGACUCAUCUUCUCCAAAAAGUAAUUACUGCAGUGAGUGAACAAGUUUCUGUGAGAGAUAUCCGCUUUCUGGCUCGAAAGCAGCUUGGAAUACCUAACUCCAAGCUGGAGAACAUCAGAUGUCAGAAUCCAAAUGAUGCACGGGAGGAAGCAUUUCAGAUUCUGUGGGAGUGGAUGAAAAUAAAAGCAGGGGCGACAGUCCAUAACUUGUUCAAGGCACUGAAAGACCAGCAGUUGAACGAGGGUCUGGACAAAGUCAGGGAUGAAUAUGCCGCGUUGUUGAAUGAGAUAUGGGCCAUGCCAGAGGACGAGUUCCAAAAGUUCCAUUCCUCUCUCCAACCCACUAAGUCAAGCAUAGAUGACGUCACGUUGUCCAACAUGACGGAGAUGAACCUGAGAUGCUACUUUUCGGAUGACUUGGAAUCUUUGUAUGUUCCAGUGGAGAGCUCCAACGCCAAUGCCAAGGGCAAUGAUAACGACAGCCACAAAGUCGUGCUUAAGUAUCGCUUCGCCGGGAAGGGUGUUUACUGGAAUGCGGCUACAUCCGCUAAGAAGAAUGAGUAA